UCCUACUAUUUUGUUUAAAAUGCUUUAAAUUUGGUUUUUGGAGAUGCUCCACUAUAAUUUAUAACUACACAGAAGCCUAUUGAUCAAGAUAAUCCUCUCAGUGAAUCAAUGGCACUUUAUCUUGUGAUGAAGUUCAUAAGAUCCCCAAAUUUUCAUUUUCAAACUGGAGUGAUAUAUGGAUAUUUGAGUCCAUAAGUUUUUAUUCGCAUAUAGUGCCAUUGUGCCUAUUUUAGAUUUGUGUCAAGGUCUUGCACCACAUACAUCCAAUACAAUCUCCAAAGUUCAUUUCAUGGUCUUAAACCUGCCUUGCCGAUUCGUCAUGCACAAGCAUUGGUUGGGUCGACGACUGUGGAAAUUUACAUCUUAGCAGAGCUUACAAGAUGAAGGGAACGAUAUUUAGCCGAUGAAGCCUUGGAUGAUGGCUUGGUUUCCUGACCUCACUCACUCAAAGAGUCGUUCUGUUAUUACAGAGUGAGAUAUUUACACAUGGAUUCCCUAUCUACAAUCAAAAUAAAUGAGAAAUCAUUUGAAUCCAUGCCCAAUGCUACAGAAACCGCCAUUGAAGAUGUUGAAAUCAGCAUUUUUGAUGCUGAGAAGUAUUUCAACGAAGAACUGAACGACCUCAAAAGAGCAGUCGAGAAGAAGCAGCCUGAAUCUCAUGAUCCACUUUCUUCUCCGGCGGAGAAAUCCGUACGCGCGGCCACGUCAUCGGAAGCCAGCUGGAACAGCCAAACCGCGCUCACCGCCGCGGCGCGCCACCGCGCGAGCAAAACGUGGUUCGCCGCUAAGAAGUGGUUUCUGAGGAGAAGGAGAUGCUGCUGCGAUGGCGAAUCGAUUCGAGUGAAGGAGGUGAUCGGCUCCGAUUCCGAUCACAUUAGGCCGAUUGUGGUGAUGGAUUCAGUCAAAAGCAGCUGCAACAGAAACUCCAAAACGGUGCAUGCAGCAGAUCACAGCUACGAGCUGCAAAACGACGUCGUUGAGAUCCAUCGAAUUAGGGCUACGGAGGCGGCGCCAGGUCAGCAGCGGAUACUGGCGACGGGGAGGCCAUUCAUCAACGCCACCGUCGGUUUCACUUUCCCCAUCCUCAGCUCCGUCGCUGCCGCUAAGGACGACGACGUCGGAAGCGAUGCGAGCUCGGAUUUAUUCGAGAUUGAAGCGUUUUCUACUCAAACGGCGUCGUCUUGUCCGAUCCAAUCCUUGUGUGAUUCGGUUGAUGGAAAUUCAAACGGCGAUAGAAAAUCAGCGGCGGCGAACGGACUCCACCGCAGCCGGCUGAGCGUUUCGGCUAGCGAGUGUCGUCCCACCGGUGGGGAAUCGGAGGAGGCGGAGGGCGGUGAAGGAAGGAGGAAGAGUGACGGUGGGGAGGGAACGCCUUUGAUUCCGUUGGGUGCGUGUGAGAGGCCGGGGCCGGGGAGCUCUCGAUCGCCGCCGUUGGUGGCGGCGGGUGGAUGAUGAUGCGGCGGGCAUGAGUGGAAGAGGAGUAUUUGAAUGAUUUGUAAGUUGUAACUUAAGUGGGAAUUUAGAGUGGUUUAAUAUAAUCAAUGAAAUUACAAUAAUUUAAAGGUGUUUUGAACAACGUAUCUAUUGCUGUGAACUAAAGAUCAAAUCGAAAAUUUUGUUUUGGUUUGAUUGAUUUAUAUAAUUUUGUUAGUUUUUCUAU